AUGGAAACUUUAACUAGCUUGUCCACUAAGGUCUUUACAAAAAGCAACAGCGAAACUUUAUCACCGUCAAGAUCAGCCCAACUGGGACGAUCUGAUUUUGGCUUUUCUCCAUCUCCAAUUCUAAAGAAAGCACAUUUUGAUCAUUUGAUUUUGUUUCGACGCAGAGAUGCUCCGUUGUUGGUCAUGAAAUCUCAUUCCGCUUCUGAUGCAGAGGUGUUCACUGGGUUUGAGACUGCAGUGUCCGGGAACCAAAAAAUUAGUAGUAAGUCAUACUGUGUUCUGUAUUCUUCAAUCCAAUUUUGUGCUUACUGUGACUUCAAAACAAUGAUUGUAGCUUCUCUGCUUUGCAGAACCUACAAAAACUGUUCACGUGAAGUUCCAGUUGCAGAAGGAGUGUAUGUUCGGGGAGCAAUUUCUCCUGGUUGGGGAAGAACCAAUGCUUGGUCUGUGGGAUCCAUCAAAUGCCAUGCCACUAAACUGGUCAGAGGGACACACAUGGAUUGUUGA